UAUCUUAAUUGUAGGUUUAAGUAAAUCAAAAUUAUAUUAAAUUAUUGGUAAGAAAAUAAUAAAAUCUAAAAUAAUAAAUUUUUUAAAAAAAUAUAUAAUUUAAAUUUAAAAGAUUUAUUACUACAAAUGGGGCAAGUAAACACCUAGUUCCAUAUAGUUAAAUAUAGAUAUCUCAAUAUUAUCUAUUUUAUAUUCCGAAUGAUCAGUUUCAGUUUUACAACACAGAAAAUUGAUGAGAAGCUAUAUAAUCUCUUGCCAAAAACUGAAAAAAAAAACACAAUAAUCAGACGCAAUAUCUAUCAAUUAACCACCUUUCUUUAUACAAAUAUAUCGGCACGCUAUUCUCCUUGAAAUAUAUAUCAUCAUCAUCAAGUUUUCUGGUCGUGCAAAGAUGAACAAAUCUUUGUUGUUCUUCGUCUUUUUAUGCUUGCUUAUUCAAAUAAGCAAAUUAGGUUUCUGCUUAGAAAGAAAAGCUCAUAAUGGUAAUAAUGGACUGAAACGCCAUGGAUUCAUAAGUGUCACUAGCUUCGGAGCUGUUGGCGAUGGGAAGGCUGAUGAUACUAAGGCAUUUCUUAAGGCGUGGAAAGCUGUAUGUAAGGGAGGAAGUAGAGGGAAGACAAAUUUUGUAGUGCCUCUAGGAAAAACGUUCAUGCUUAAGCCUCUUACAUUCGAAGGUCCCUGCAAGUCUUCCUCCAUCACCUUUUUGAUAAGAGGCAAUCUUGUUGCGCCGGGUUACACUUGGCAUGCGGGAAACUACCCUGCAUGGAUAAGUUUUGAUAGUAUAUACGGCCUAGCUAUCACCGGAGGCGGCACCAUCAACGGCCGUGGUUCUGUGUGGUGGAGAAACGUUCAGCAUCGUCCCACAGCAAUGCAUUUCAACAACUGUAAUGGUCUUCACAUCUCUAAUCUCCAUCACUUGAACAGUCCUCGUAACCACAUAAGUCUAAGCUGCUCAGAGAACAUCAGCCUCUCGGGUCUAAACAUGACUGCGCCUGGUGAUAGUCCUAAUACGGAUGGUAUAGACAUAUCAAACUGUAGAGGAGUCGACAUACGUGACUCUGUGAUUGCCACUGGGGAUGACUGCAUUGCCAUUAACGGAGGUUCAUCUUAUAUCAACAUAACCGGCAUUUUUUGCGGCCCCGGUCAUGGCAUCAGCGUAGGAAGCCUUGGACAAAAUGGACAUUUUUCAGCCGUUGAAGAGGUGAGAGUAAAGAACUGUACUUUGUCAAACACAAAGAACGGUGUCCGGAUCAAGACAUUCCAGAAUGGAUUAGGAUUCGCUCGGAAAAUCUCAUUUGAGGAUAUUAAAAUGGUGGCUUCAGAGAACCCUAUAAUCAUCGAACAGAACUACCACGACCAGGGCAAGAACGGAGACGUAAGCUUUGAAUACAGUAACCACCAAAGCUGUCAUGUAAAUCGCUUGUACCAGACCGAGUCUGGUUCUGGCAAUGGCAGAGGCGUGAGAGUGAGCGAUGUGCGUUACAGUAGAAUACAAGGUUCAUCCGCGAGUAGUGAAGCCAUCACAAUGAACUGCGAUGCGAACUUGGGAUGUGUGGAUAUUGUGAUGGACCAUGUGAAUAUCGUUUCGGCUAAAUCAGGUCACAAGGUGUCUGCUUCUUGCAAGAAUGUUCAUGGGAAGUACUUUGAUUCCGUUAUUAGCUGUCAGAAAAAGCAUUAGGGAGAGGUGAUAUUGCCGUUUUCUCAUUCUGUAAUCCAUUAUUUCGAACUUGAAAGAACCAAAAAAAGAAACUAGGAGAACUGGUUAAUCAUAGUUUAAUUAUAAUUACGAGUAAAACCAAUCGAGACUAUGGGCUAAAUCCUGCAAAUGCAAUUAUGUUUAGGCGUUUAACAAAAACUAAAACUUUGCGUUUGCACACACAAACAAACACUUAGAAACUAAGACUGUUUUAAGAAGAUCAAACUAUAAUCACUGCAAAUACUGAGAUUAUGGAGAAGGGAAAAGAUCAAACACUCUUUCAAUGUGUAACAUAGAGCUUUCAAAGACGUUUUAAAAUUGCUAAAACACCCAAAAGAUUUCAAAAAAGAUAGCAACGAUCCAUGGGGGCAACUAGUUUCAUUAGCUUACGCUAAUCUAACUUAAAACUAAUCUUAUAGUUCAUUAAUGGUUCCUUCACAAGUUCGAAUCUUUUAAUAGAAAGUAUCGCUUCGAAUCGAAGGGUGACCAUCGUCCCACCCCGUCCCACCCCAUCCCGCAGUUAACAGUAAUAAAAAUCUCUACAUAUACGAUAUAUCUAUACAUUUUUGUAACUGUUAAAACCGCACCACAGUUGAACCGUUUGUACCGCACCGUUCAAACCGCAGUCACCAUUCGGAAGUCAUAGUCGUAAACAGAUUCAUCAUAACUAACCAAGAUAACAGAGCAAAGUAUAUCAUCAAGUGAGAAAACUAUGACAAGAUCCAUAGACUAAAAAACACA